AUGUCUACUUCGCCUGGUCAUGAUCAUACGUCCACCUCUUUAGACGGCAAAGGGGGUACAGAUUCAGCAGCAAAGGUAGGAAAGUCAACGGGUCCUAGCUAUGUAUAUUACCGCCUAUACACGAAACUCGGUGCAUUUGAAUCGAAUCAACCCCUCUACCACAACGACCGCUUCAUUGGCCGCAUUCCCUUAAAAUCCGUUGCCCCUCCUCGUACAGUGGCGUCUCUCAAGCGGUGUCUGUGCAAACUUGAGGGCCUCUCAGAGCCCGACAAGGCGCUUGUCUUCACACCUCUCUCAAGCCCGGCACCCAAAGAAGACUCUGCCCGCCUCUCUUUUCACGCUCCUUCUGGGCCAGGGCUGUCCGAACAAGAUCCGAUCGCGUUGGUUGUCGAGUCGGAGAAGAGGAUCGAGGAGAUCACACAGUCGGACAAGCUGCCGGAACGCUCUGAUGAUACUGAUAUCCACUACGUGUACUAUCGUGUCUAUUCAUCAGAGGGAGAUGAAAAGGCAAAGACGUCCUUUGACGAAACUGACAGCUCGUUAGGGCGCAUUAACAGCCUCUCCGUCGCUCCCCCUCACAACGCUGGGUCUUUGAAAGCAUGCAUCGCGAAAUUUGAAGGCCUGGUCAAUGCACUCUAUAUGGAACUCUUCCAAGACGUGGAUAGUGACGCUGCCAUGGGCGACACCGAUGUUAUAUCCUUCCAAGGUGACACUUAUCCAGGUAGCAAUCAAGGCAAUCCCGUAGCUGCAAUCGCAGCAUUCACGAAGCGCGCUCGGUUACUUUUUACUUGCAGCUACAAACAGAACAAACCCACCUGGCUAUCAAUCAACAAAGAUGAGAUUAUUCACACGGAUGGAGUUAUCGUCUCUGUGAGGAGCCCCUCUACCAACCAGUUUUGUCUAGGAUACAUGGUGAUUAAUUCCAAGGAUGAAAAAGGCUGUGAGUCUCCAAUUUGCCUUUGGGUUGCUGGGUGGUUGUUGAUCUUCUUUUGCAGUUGUGCCAGAGGGUUGUGUUGA